AACCUCUUUAAUGUUCUCCGGUUUUCUGAAAUGCAGUACCUAUGGAAAACUUUAAUUUAUCGUCACUAUAGGAACAUUUUGAUUCAAAAUGAAACCAAAAGAUAUGCAGGUCAUAGUAAGUGGAAAAAUAUUAAAGAUAUUAAGGAGUCACAAGAUAAAUUACGAAUGACGACAUUUAGAAUGCUAGCAGGCAAAAUGAGAGCAGUGGUAGAACAAACUGGUGAUGCAGAUCCAACAACUAAUUACAAAUUAGCAAAUUUAAUUGCAGAAUCAAAGAAAGUUUAUAUGCCUGCAGCUACACUGAAAACAAUUUUAGACAGAUUAAAAAACCCUCCAAAAGGUGACACUCAUGUAGUUACGAUUUGUCCCUCUGUAAAAGGAGUUAUACUUGUUGUCUAUUUUGUAACUAACAAUAUCUCAAAAAUAAAACCAAUUAUUAAUAAUUUGGUGAAAAGGUUUAAUGCUAGGACUGUAGAUAACAAAAUAUUGUUUAGUACAUUUGAUUGUGCAAGUUACAUUACAGUUUCAAAAAAUUGUAAUCUGAAUCAAGCUAUGGAAGAUGCAAUAAUGAUAGAUGCGCAAGAUGUAGAAGAAGUAAAUAAUGAUGACAGUACAUAUUUUAUGUUUAAAAGUGAAUUUCUUCAUCCUGAAAAGACUAAAACACAAUUAGAAAAUCUAGGUUAUACUAUAGUUUCAAUAGAAAAUAGAGCUAUUCCUUUGGCUGUAACUGAAUUAACUGAAAAAGAAUUAGAAAGUAUAGCCAAAUUUAAAGAGAAACUUGAAUCAGAAUUAAAUGAAAUUGUUAAAAUAGAUGACAACAUUAAUCUAAGUUAA